CAGCAUUCCGCGAGUCCGCUGCCAGUUCCCAAGUGCUCGUUCCUUUUAUUAGUUCCUGCCUACGGCCGUAAACUCUGCAAGGUUUCAGAUGAACGUGUGGGUGAAGCUGCUGGUUGCCACCGUCGCCGUGUGCUUCCUGAGAGGCGCUGAGGCGACUUGCGUCAACACUCCAUGUACAGGGACCGACUACAGAUCCUACUCCAGCUGCCUCAGCAACCAGUGUCAUAACACGGUAGUAGCUACAGGGUGUCCUGAAUCUAAAUGUUCCUCGAUAGACUGCAACACGUGUUCGCAUUCCAAAGCAUGCUGUAACUCUUGCUGUCGUCAGAACACUUGCGAGUGUUCGUCAGUUUCUUGCGAUACGUGUCAGACAUCUAAUGCAUGCUGUAACUCUUGCUGUCCUAAAGUCAGUACCUGUAAUUGCCCCAGCGUAAAAUGUGACACAUGUCAAGGUUCAUGCUGUAGUAACUGCUGCCCGGAACAAGACUGUUGCAAAAGUAGCAAGAGAGAAGACUGUUGUGUAAAAAACACCAACAGCCAAUGUUGCGUCAACAUAACCUCACCAAAUAUCCCCGUCUUCCCAAGCAUAACGCUGCCAAACAUUACCAUCUUCAUAAACCAAACGCCUCCUAUCAUUUACAACACCCUGAACCAGACGUGUGGGGGAGUCACUACGAUCCGAAAUGCCACCCACACGAUUACCACGACUGGAACGUGCUCGAAUCGCACGACGCCGACCCAGCCGUGCUGCAGAGUCGUCCAUCGGCCCCCCUGCACCCCCCAACCUUUCCCCCCAUUCCAGCAUUGCCCCCCUGUCUCGUACAACUAUGCAUGCGGACCUCAGUGCAUUCAACAACCUCCAAUAGUGAUACAACCUCCUCCGCAGGUGAUACAACCUCCUCCGCAGGUGAUACAGCCGCCUCCUCCGGUAAUCGUGCAGCCUCAGUAUCAGGGAUGUUACUACCAGUACAACCAGUGCCCCUCCCACUGUAUGGGAGGUUGCGUUAUGCCCGUACAAAGCGGAUGUUACCACUUAAACCAGUGGCCGUUUGUUAAAUGUGGAUAUGGAGGUAAUUAUCCGCUUACAGGCGGUUAUGGUGGCUAUGGUGGCUAUGGUGGCUACGGUGGCUAUGGUGGCUACGGUGGUUAUGGUGGUAUUUACGGUGGAACUGGUGGUUAUGGUGGUAUUUACGGUGGAACUGGUGGUUAUGGUGGUAUUUACGGUGGAACUGGUGGUUAUGGUGGUUAUGGUGGUAUUAUUCAAAGCCAUCAGCAAUUUCAACCAUAUGCUGGUUAGUUUGCGUGGAUUGACAAAUAGUAAAAUCAGUUUACUAUUAAUACAAUUCGAUUUGGUACAUCUUUGUUAGUAUA